GUCAGCAGUCUCUGGUCAUUCCCUUCACUGUCUGCAGUCUCUGGUCAUUCCCUGCACUGUCUGCAGUCUCUGGUCAUUCCCUGUACUGUCCGCAGUCUCUGGUCAUCCCCUGCACUUGUCCGCAGUCUCUGGUCAUCUCCUGCACUGUGUCCGCAGUCUCUGGUCAUCCCCUGCACUGUCCGCAGUCUCUGGUCAUCUCCUGCACUGUGUCCGCAGUCUCUGGUCAUCCCCUGCACUGUGUCCGCAGUCUCUGGUCAUCCCCUGCACUGUGUCCGCAGUCUCUGGUCAUCCCCUGCACUGUGUCCGCAGUCUCUGGUCAUCUCCUGCACUGUGUCCGCAGUCUCUGGUCAUCUCCUGCACUGUGUCCGCAGUCUCUGGUCAUCUCCUGCACUGUGUCCGCAGUCUCUGGUCAUCCCCUGCACUGUGUCCGCAGUCUCUGGUCAUCCCCUGUACUGUGUCCGCAGUCUCUGGUCAUCCCCUGUACUGUGUCCGCAGUCUCUGGUCAUCUCCUGUACUGUGUCCGCAGUCUCUGGUCAUCUC